AUGAAGAUUCACUCUGGAAAGACAAAGUAUGAAAGUAAGGAAUGUGGGACAACCUUCAGCUAUUCUUCGUCCCUCACAGAACACAAAAGAAUUCAUAUUGGAGAGAAGCGUUAUGAAUGUAAGGAGUGUGGGAAGGCCUUUAGCUGUUCCUCUUCACUCUCCAAACACAAAAGAAUUCAAGGUGGAAAUAAGCCAUAUGAAUCUGCUGUAGCCAGCACCAUACUCAAGCUGGCCUGGUACAAUGUUUGGGAGUGCAGGAGGUGUCUUUGCUACGUGGGAACAAAGAAUCUAACACAUGUCAGAGAAUUCCUCCUCCUGGGCCUCUCAGAUGAUCCGGAACUGCAGCCCGUCCUCUUUGGCCUCUUCCUCUCCAUGUACCUGGUCACUGUCCUGGGGAACCUGCUCAUCAUCUUGGCCGUGGGCUCUGACUCCCACCUCCACACCCCCAUGUACUUCUUCCUCUCCAUCUUGGCAUUGGCUGACAUUGGUUUCACCUCCACCACGGUCCCCAAGAUGAUACUGGACAAUAAGACUCAUAGCAGAGUCAUCUCCUAUGCAGGCUGUCUGACUCAGAUGUCUAUUUGUGUUGUUUUUGCAUGUAUGGACAACAUAAUCCUGACUGCGAUGGCCUAUGACAGAUUUGUGGCCAUCUGUCACCCCCUGCACUACCCAGUGAUUAUGAAUCCCCGUCUCUGUGGCCUGCUAGUUUUGGCGUCAUUUAUCAUCAGCUUUUUAGACUCCCAGUUGCACACUCUGAUGGCGGUACAAUUCAUGUUCUUCAUAGAUGUGGAAUUGCCUACUUUCUUCUGUGGCCCUUCUCAGCUAUUCAACAUUGCUUGCUUUAAAAUCCCCAACAGUGCCUUAUUAAUGUAUUUUACUGGGGCUAUUUUCGGAGGUGUUCCGGUGUCAGGGAUCCUUCUCUCUUACUAUAAAAUCGUUUCCUCCAUUCUGAGAGUCCCCUCGGCAGGUGGGAAGUUCAAAGCCUUCUCCACCUGUGGCUCUCACUUGUUAGUUGUUUGCUUGUUUUACAGCUCGGGCCUUGGGGUGUACCUCAGUUCAGAUGCGUCACGUGCCCACAGGAAGCGUGCAGUGGCCUCGUUGAUGUACACAGUGGUCAUCCCCAUGCUGAACCCCUUCAUCUACAGCCUUAGGAACAGGGACAUGAUGGGCGCCCUGCAGAGGCUCCUCAGGGGAGUCUCCAAAUCGCAAUGA